UUAAUUUAGAAAGAGGCAAACACGAAUUCAACCGAGAUUGAAGUUAAGCGACGUGUGGUGAAACCGGAUCUUAGAACUAGAAAAAGAUAAAAGGAAAGUUAAACCGAGAUCAAAAUUAAUCCACAUCGGUAGAAAUAUGGACGUAAGGGCCAGUUUCAACGUCGGUUAACUGUUGACCAGAGUUCAGUUAAUUCCCUAUCUUUCUCCAUCUUAUUUGAGAAGAGACAGAGAAUCAAGUAACCUUCGGUUAGCAGUUAACCGACGUUUAUGAAACGCCCUAACAGUUAGAUAACACCAAUAUUAUUAUUCACUACUCAACAAUGUAAUUGUUACGUGCAACGUUACAUUACAUUUAUAUCGUUGCGUGAGAAAUUAUAAUAUUGACGUUAGGUAACUGUUGGCCAGUGUUUACCGAGUAGAACGCACGUGGUACAUGCGAACUCCUCGACGAUAUCGCGGCGCGGUGCGAGGACGAGGAUUACUCUCGGCGAGCUUGCUGGCCAUGGCGACCUCCCAGGACCUGGAGGACGACUGGACCAUGCUGUGCUACGACCCCGACAACUGGACGCGGAACGAUCUACAGUUGGCGGCGGAGCUCGGCAAGACCCUCCUGGAACGGAACAAGGAGCUGGAGAACAUCAUCAAGUUGCACCAGGCUACCGUGGAGGAGCAAACGCAAGAAAUCGAGUAUAUGAAAAAGCAGACUGCCGCCCUGAGGGAGGUGAACAAUACGCGGCUGAAAGUUUACGAGCAGCUGGAAGUCAGCGUGCAGGAUCUGGAACGUGCGAAUCAUCACCUGGUGAUCGAGAACACCAGCGAUAAGAAACUGAUCAAGAGCCAAUCCGUGACUAUCGAGACUCUGGAAAUAAGAUGCGAGGAGCUUCAGAAGAAGAUUGACGACUUGAUCGAAAAGUUGCGCCAGCACACCGCAAGCCCGUCUAGAAACAAUGCGCAGCAACAGCAUCAACAGCAACAGCUGCAUCAGCAACAGAGCAGCGAUUGGGAAACCUCGGAUACGCAAGGCGGCAGCGAGAAACAGAGAGCUGCCCCGUGUUCGCCGAGGUCCUCCCAGGAGACGAGCGAGUCGACCGCGACGAGCGACGAGGAGAUGACAGAGUUGCUGAAGCAGUUGCAGGACGCUCGCAAUCAAAGGGCUAGGGAGCAGAAGAAGGUCUCCGAGCUCAGUCAGCAGCUGACCACUUUGUUGCAGGAGAACAGCGCAUUGGAGGAGCAAUUAACGGAGUUGCGUAACAAGGCGCAAGAUGUCAAGAGUCUGCAAGACGAAAUUAACACCUUGGAAGAAGUCAGACGAGGUCAGUUAUGCGGCCGUUGCUUGCGUGGCAUGGACACGAGGACGCACGACGAGCUUUCCAUAAUGCUAGAUCAGGAAGAGUACGACGACAUAAGUAUGGCCGAGUCGUUAAUUAGUGAGAAUCAGCGCGACUCCGAAGUGACCGUGCAGGAUACAGGCAACAAGAACGAAGGUACCGACGAACUGGACACCGCGAAUCCCUAUCGAGUCUUGGUAGAGAAGUAUCAGGCCUUGUUGGAAGUGCAGAGGCAUUGUCAGCCCCGUCGCAAGGACGCCACACCCGCGACAUGUAUGUCGUUGCAGGAGGAGCUGGAGAUGUCCGGAGAAUUUAACAAUUUCUAUCCUGCUGCCUCCGAGGUCGAGGCUGCCACAGCUCCGGAAUCAACCAAGACCGUCUCGCGAGCCAAACCAAACGAGAACGCCGGCAAGAAACCCUUCUCGGCCACUCCCACCGAUUUCUCCGAAGCCGAGACGUCGUCUUCAGGCUUCUCGGACGAGACCAGCAACAAGGCGACACAAACUGACGACAGGUCGGCGGGCUCGUUCCUGUGCUCCAUCGCCGACGGCGAGGACUGCAAGUUCAGCAUUUACGACGAUAACAGCCCGUUCGAGAGCAGGUUCCGCAAGACGCCCGAGUACCGGCAGCUCUUCAGCGAGAUCUUCAGCGUUCUGAAACGGGCAGCCGAGGCAAAGGACGAGGGCGAGAAGCUGCCGUUGCUGGACGAACCCGCUACGUCUCAGGCCAAGUACGAGCCGUCGUUUCAGGAAGAUUUGCAGAGCGAGGCGACGGACGACAAUCAGAGCGUCAUGUCCUCCAUGGUAUCGUCGGUGGUCUCGGAACCGGUCUUCAGGGUGCAGUCUACCAGCCCGGCCAAUCCGAAGGACGGCAAACAGUCCGACAAGUCCAGCACCGCCGUGAAUCAGCAGCCCGCGAAGGAUGCGAGCUGCAAAAUGGAUUACGUGUCUCUUAACUUGCGCGUCCGCAAAAAGACCUCGGUGAAGAAGAACUUCACCAAGAAGGCGCAGCUCAACGAUCGGUCAACGCCGGACGUUAUUCCCACGACGAAUCCGAAAUUCGUGUCGGCCAGACCCAGCGGCGGGGGCCGAAGGAGAUUCAAACCGUUCAAUCCUGCCGAGCACGAGCACUCCGGUGCAUGGAACGGCCAGCACAAUAUAUAUGCGAAUCGGUCGAAAGAUAACAAGAAGACAUUCACGCGCGGCCCGCACGAGCAGCAGCAGCAGCAGCAACAGCAACACAACAAUUUCGAGUACAAGGAUUUCAAACCCAGCACCGCGUCAGAGGAGGUGGCUCGGCUGAGACGAUUAGAGAUGUCUUACGCGGAGGUUCUUCGUACGCCUAACAACAAAUCCAGAGCCAAUAAUCAUCAUCACCAUCAUCAUUAUCGUAGGAAUUAAGCGGGCCGAUUAUGACGCACGUACAAGAUGUAGUUUUAUAUAUGAAUUUCGAUUGUAUCCUGAUUAGGAUAGAGAUCUCACGCGUUUAAUCAGCAUCAUUCAUCCCGCGAUGAGAUCCUCCCCAGUAUUGUUUUGUACUUUCUUGUAAAUAUUCGACGGCGUGGAUGCGUCUAGCGGCAUGAUUCUAGGCACUAAUUAACGCGUCCGCGUUAGCUUUAAGUUUGAACAUUUCGUAUUAUAUUGUAUAACCCUUUCUUUCCACGCGGUCAACGUACGACGGCGAGCAUUGGCCCCAUGGUACCGUCGUUAGCCGUUACGGAGAAGAGAAAAAUUUCCUCAUGUGCCAUUUACUCUCCGUGUCAAAAUACCAACUUCCGAUUUCAAAACUCGCACUGCUCUUCGAUAACGUAUCAACCUUCUCCUCGGGGAGGUGACUCUUAGUGCAUGUCAGCAGCAGCAUGCGUGGUGUGUUAGCUUUUGUAUUUUAUAGGUAUGAAUAUUGUGAUGAUGUUGUAUGUAUAAAUAAAUAAAUUCUUUAUCGUAUUAAGUCGCUCUUCCCUCUUUCGCGCUCUGUCGAGCACGUGAUUAUUAUAAGACGGAUCCUCAAGGAGAAAACUAAUAUAUCCAGUACUUGUUCUUGCGUAAAGUAUAUCAUAAGAGUGUGAAGACAUAUGACUUAUAGACAUACACGAAAUAUAAUAUUUGAAACUCGUAA